CGGAUUAACUACGAUACCAAGGAAUUGUGGGAGGGUUUCAAAAUGGCGUUCAGAGCUUUUACAAYAGCUCAACUGGCCAAGAAACUUGCGCCUUCUAGAGCAUUACGAAGUAGUAUUUUCAAUCAAAGAUCAGUUUUAGCAAGCUAUCAUACAGCAAAAUCAGAUCCCCCAUUGCCAACGCCAACUGACGACAACAGGAAUGUUGUGAACACUGAAUGGCCUCAGGAUGGAAUGGAACUUGGGGAUUAUCCAAACCUUCCUCACAUUUCCUCUCAAAGAAGGCAGGCUCUUGGGUGGUGGGAUCAGCAAGAUAGAAGAAACUAUGCUGAACCAGUUUUAGAAGAGGAAGAUGCAGCAAACAUCUGGAUUUGGCAAGAGGUUGAAUGCAAUGAUAAAUACACCAGGUCUGAAGCUCUGAUGCACUUUGUAAUUGCAUUUGGCUUUCUUGGUUUUGUUUAUUACUUGUCGUACUUAUAUGAUGCUCCUUCCCAUAAUCCUGCAGUUCCAAGAGAGUAUCCCUUUAACAAUCUUUACCUUGAGCGUGGAGGAGAUCCUGAGAAAGACCCAUCAGAAGAUAAAGGAAAAGUUACUAACCCUUUGUUUGGAAUGUAGAACUUCCCUUUAGAUAUAUUGAACAUUGUAUAUAAAUUUGUCUUGAAUAAAAAUAAAGAGUCGUCCUGAUAUUUCUUAAUUUGUCUUUGAAAAAAUUCCUAACAUGAAAUUUGUGUGUUUGUUGUCUUGUUGCUGUUAUUGUUGUCAAGAUCUGGCAAAUGAUCCAAAGUAACUAAACAGUAAGAACUCAA